GACAAGUAUAACGUCUGAUAACACUCGGCGAUGGACUGUCACGAUAGUACGCGCGAUCGCGUUUGACAGUUCGUAGUGUACGAUCUGUCGUGGGGUAUAAUUCGCGGUGUUGUACAUAAAAGCAAAUAUGAUGCCGAGGCUUUAAGUCUAGAGGUAUCGAACGAGAACGGAAUCCAUCAGGGAACGUAACGCUGUGCGCCAAGGUGUGUGCGUGCGUACGCGCGCGUCAGUGCAGCUCACCUACACCUGUAUCCGGGGAUUUCACGCACACGGACGUGCACAGACGUACGAGUACAAUAUCCUUAGCCUUGGACGGACCACCGCCCGACCAGCGCUAGGACAAAGGACGGCGACGUCGGCGUCGCCGAGCACUUUCAUCGAUAUUAACGACAUCCCUUUUUAUCUUUUUUAUACCCACCUUUUUUUUCCUACGCAUUUAAUCUAGCGGAAAUCUCACAUAUACUUCUCGUAUAUACCACCUAUAGCUCUCUCUCUCUUUCUCUCUCUCUCUCUCUCUCUCUCUCUCUCUCUCUCUCUCUCUGUGCUUUGUGAGCGGUCCUCGGUCCUUUUAGCGACUUUCCAUAAUUGUCCUUUCGCUAAACUUCAUAUCCAAUCGCUCCGGCGAGUCUCGCCUUUUCUCCAUAGUAAGUACUCGUAAAAUAAAAUAAAUACGCAUCGCCUCGCGUGCGUACGCGCUCGCAGAACGAGCAAGUGAGCACCUUUCCUCUUUCUCUUGUUUUCUUCUCCAUCUACCUCCGUUUCCCUCUCCUCCCGCGACCCCCUUCCUCUUCCUUCCUCAAGUGCACUCCCUCGCGAACGUAGGCACUCCGUUAGUCUGUUCCUCUUCUCUCCACGGUGCGGAGCAUCGUAUAGCGAGCGCCCUCUCGCUCCCUCCAGCAGCAGCGGCACGUCGUUUCCCGUCGACUCCGUCGUCUCGGAGGACAGAAUAUGGAGGCGAUAGCGAAGCACGAUUUCACGGCGACCGCCGAGGACGAGCUCAGCUUCCGCAGGAGCCAGGUCCUGAAGAUUCUAAAUAUGGAGGAUGAUAUGAAUUGGUAUAGAGCUGAAUUGGAUUCUAGAGAAGGACUUAUACCGAGUAAUUACAUUGAGAUGAAGAGCCAUGACUGGUAUUAUGGCAGGAUAACCAGAGCAGACGCUGAAAGAUUAUUGAUGAACAAACAUGAAGGUGCCUUUCUGAUCAGAAUCAGUGAAAGCUCUCCUGGUGAUUUCUCCUUAUCCGUAAAAUGCUCCGACGGUGUGCAGCAUUUCAAAGUAUUAAGAGACGCACAAGGCAAGUUCUUUUUAUGGGUUGUCAAAUUUAAUAGCCUCAAUGAACUGGUGGAAUAUCAUCGUACAGCGUCUGUUUCUCGCUCACAGGAUGUUAAACUGCGUGAUAUGGUCCCUGAGGAGUGUUUGGUACAAGCACUUUACGAUUUUGCACCGCAAGAGCCUGGCGAAUUGGAGUUCCGACGAGGAGAUGUAAUUACUGUCACAGAUCGUACAGAUCAGCAUUGGUGGCAUGGAGAAAUCGGAAAUAGACGGGGACUUUUUCCGUCCACCUAUGUCACGCCAUACCACUCCUAGGCCUCAUAUGGUCGAACGCACAGAGGCCGUUAUUGGGAACAGUGGCCGCCUUAUCCCACCUCUAUCACUUACAGGAUCCGAGUUGCCGCGGAUUUGAUAAACAAUAUUUUACAAACUUCACCUAUCGAAUGGGCCACUAAAGUAUACUGGUGGUCACGCCGAAAAGUCUUCUAAGUAAACAUGACUAAAAAUGAAUCGAAUAUAUCCUAACACCAAAAUCCUUGAAUACCGAAAAAUAAACAUCACGUUUAUUUAAUCGAUGAAAAAGAAA